AUGGCUCGUCCAUCAAAGCGAAAAAUAAAGGUUAAAAAGCAAGAACGGAACAAUAAUGGAACAUUUACAAAGAAAUCACGAAUUGUUGAUAAUCGGAAAGAAGAAGAUUAUUGGGGAGAUGAAGAAAACAGUGGUUGGGAUGAAAUUGAUUUACCAAACGAAGAUGAAAAUAAAAAACGUGGACCUUACCUUACCGGAACAACCAAAAAAUCAAAUUUCGAUAAAUACAGACCAAGUGGUUCUUUCACAAAAGCUGCAAAAGGAACUUCAAACAUUUUAACGCUUAUAAAUAAACAAUCAAACCCGGAUGAUUUUGAUGAAGUUGUGAAUGAUGUGGAAAAUGAACACAAUGAUCAGCUUAAUCUAAAGGAAAGGAUUGAAAGUUUGAGAAUCGAACUUAAAACAAAACAAAAUUCAUUAAGUCCUACAGGUGAUACAAUAAAGCUUACUCCAUCCAAGAUCUCCCUUUAUAAUUUCACUGAAUCACUUGUUUUUUUAGUAUCAAUGCAAAUAACUUGCGAAGAUUCAACAUAA